CGAACACCGUUUAGUUCUUAAAUAUCUUCUCUCCUCCUUCACUUCUCAACUCCAAUCCGUCGGUUUCUCCAUUCAUCAAGUGCCCUCUCAAGCAACCUAAAUCAUGCCAAACAACCAAGCACUCAUCAAGUCUAAACCUGGUCUAACUCAGCAGCAAUUCUCAGACCUCUGGUACGCACAUGCCGCAAUAGUAACCCCCAUGUUUUUAUACAGCGGGGUGAAAUACUAUGCACAAGUCCACGGCCCCCUGACCACCACUUCUUCCCCUUCGACCCUAGACCUGAGUCCAUGGGCCGGAGCUGCAGAAAAGCCACCCAGUGAUAGUUCGGUUGAGGAUCCGCAAUGGUUAACUGAUUAUUAUCGUGAGGUAGUCAUGGUUGAUGAGAAGAGGUUUUUGGAUCGAGAUGCAGAGGUGUGGUUUAAGAGGGUUGAGCCGGGAACGGUGGAAGGGGAGAGGAAAAUUAUUAUUGAUGGUGGAAAAUUAUUGAUUGAGAUUCCUGAGAGCGUUACACGGGUUUGGAAGGAGUAUGAAAAACGCGGGAAAGAGGAGAAGUGAAGGGGCGACGUGGGGAGUGGGAACUUGAGUUUUGGGGAGGGCCCGGGGAACAAUGAUGAGAAAUCAAUGACUGAAACUUUGGGGGUAAUCCAGAUACUCGUUCUCUUUACGUUCACAUAUCGCUCGAUUCAAAGAUUAUCCACACUCUCCGC